UGAGGGUCAAGAUACCAAUGAGCUAUAAAAGAGUGGUGACUCCAAAGCGUGCAGGCAUUGCAGUGAUUGUGUGCUGGAUGGUGGCCAUCGUAGUCGGCCUGAUGCCCAUGUUGGGCUGGAACAAUCUGGAGAAGCUACGACAGACCAACGGCACCGUGGGUGCUGACCUUCUUGUAACCUGUGAGUUCGAGAACGUCAUCAGCAUGGAAUACAUGGUCUACUUCAACUUCUUCGGAUGGGUCCUGCCACCUCUCGUCCUCAUGUUGCUCAUCUACGCUGAGAUCUUCUACAUGAUCCACAAGCACCUCAACAAGAAGGUCACCACCAACCAGACCGACCCCACUCGAUAUUACGGGAAAGAACUCAAGCUGGCGAAAUCUCUCGCGCUGGUGCUCUUCUUGUUCGCAGUCAGCUGGUUGCCGUUGCAUAUCCUGAAUUGCAUCACUCUCUUCUGCCCUAGUUGUGAAAAUUCAGUGACAAUUCUUUACGUGGCAAUCUUGCUCAGUCAUGGUAACUCCGUUGUCAAUCCCAUUGUGUAUGCAUUCCGCAUUAAGAAAUUCCAGAAUGCUUUCGUUAAGAUCUGGAAACAGUAUGUGUGUUGCACGGAGGAUCCACAUCUGCACGGUCGGCCCAGCUUUCGCAUAGAUAGCAAAGAGAGAAGAUUGGGGGGCAAUGACAUCUGACAUUUUUAAAAAUAUGACAGUAGUCUACUAGGAAAAUGCCUGGGAUGUAUGCUGUCAGUUGUGAGAAUACAUUUGCCACAGAAAUGGAGACGAUCGAACAUUACUGGAAAUGUUUCCUUGAAAACUCAGUCAAUGGUGCAUAAUAAUGAAUUGCAUCGUUAGUGAGGGACCAUUAAAUAAAUGAAAGUGGCCUGUUUUAGAGGAAUAGCCACAGUUCAACCGGCAUUCACAUCUGUGGGAAAAAUCUUUGAUUAUGAUUUCCUUUUGUGCUGUGGUUCAUUCAAAUGCGGCUAUAACAUAAAGGGCUUCAUAUAAUGAGUGCAAAACUGCAGACUCGUAAAUGUCAGUGCUUAUGAGUACACUAAACCACACUCGUCUUUAGUCAGUAGCGUAAACGCGUCUGAGGACUUUGAGAAAAGACAUUGAGGAUGUGAUCUGAGGUCAUUUUUAUAUGCCAGUGAAUUCAUGUUUGAGAAGUAUGGGAUUUGUAAUUUGCUGCUUUUCAGGAUGAGCGCAAAUCGGAGGCAACAGGCCCACUUCGUCUUCAAGGGACAGUUUAUAAAAAUAAAAAAUUCGGUCAUUUACACACCCUUGUGUCAUUCCAAACCUGUAUGAAAAGAUAUUUUUAAAAAUGUCUAUAGAAUGAAAGUCAGUGGGUUUCAGAAUUGUUUUGGACCGCAUUGACUUUUAUUCUAAACAGCUGAAACAUUCAUGAAAAUAUGUUUGUUUAGCAGAAGAAAGUCA